GUCCUUGUGGUGGGUUCCGAACGCCGGAGGAAGUUGCGCUGUGGAGUUGCGGCGUCAAGUGAGGACUGGGAGAGUGCUAGGGAUGCUCUUGGAGGUAUCCACGUCUUGAAAGGGCCUGGAACCCCGGAGAGAGGACAUAUUCCAGACUCCUUUAGUGAAGUAUGAGUGGGAGAGAAAGAAAACAUAGACCAAUGCGACAUGUGCGACUUGUUCAGCUGACCAGGCCUGAUGAGCCCAGUGUGCCAAAGCCUCAACAAGAAGAAACACCAGCUGAAAGUCGGGAUCGUACACCUGGUCAGAAGAGAGAAGUUCAGGGUGGACCUAAGAUUCGAAGAACUGGGAAGGUGCCUGGCCUGAAAGCUGAUCUCCAGGAGCUGUCUCAGUCAAAGACUGGGGGUGAAUGCGGAGAAGGUCCUGAUGUCCAGGGGAAGAUUCUGCCAAAAUCAGAGGAACUUAAAAUGCCAGAAGGAGCGGAAGGGAAACCUCAGGUUUAAACGAAGACGAGCUGAAAGAAUGCAAACUGAAUUUCUCUGAGAUGUUUGACUUUUAAAAAUCUCAGUAAAGUUUUCCAGUUUUCUCCAAAGAAGCGUUGCACAUGUUUUGUUCAUUUAUUCUCAUGUAAUAGACA